AUGGAAAAAGGAAGAAACUGUUGUAAACUCAAUUUCAAGAUAUUUAACAAACACAAAGCUUUCAAAAGAACUGAUAAGCACACAAUAGGAAGUUCCGAUUGUCAAAUGAACAGCACAAUGACAUGGAAGGAAAAAAGAGGUUCAAAUAUAAGGGGAUUUGUUAUAGAAAACAACCUCAAGGGAGAAAACAUAGAAGAUGAAAACGAUGGAAAUCAACUGCCUAGAAUGGGACAGAACAUAAAAUAA